GCGGCCGAAUUCUGGGAGCAGGCUGUGCGACGGGGCCAUGCAAAAGCUACGUAUUACUUAGGUGUGAUGCAUAUACGUGGUUGGCUUCCGGAUGCGGAUGAGGUUGCCGGAAUGGAGCUGAUCAAGAUGGCAGCGGAGCGUGGCUUUCCAGCAGCUCGCUUUCAACAUGCCGUAACAUUACUUCGCAAUUCGAGAUACGCUGAUGCUGAAGUUUACCUGCAGGGAGCUGAACGGAACAAGAAAUACAAACAAGAAAUGCUAAAAUGGCUGGAAAUUUCGGACACUCCGAAUGAGGUUCGUGCUAUGGUCAGCAGAUUGCUGGAUGAUAAGAAGUGA